AUGGACAUAUCCAUGAACACUAGAUGUGAUCGAAUUAUUCUUUUCCGGUACGGUGGUGCAGCUAGAGUUGAAAACUCUGAUAUGUUCUUGCGGCAAAAAAAGUCAAAAGAUACUUGCAAGACUACCCAAAACAGCAGCCGUUGCAUUCCAAGUGGUUUGCAAACGCUGUUUCGAUUGGAAGCCUCCUUUGCUGACUUAAUCUUAUGCUCUCGCCUUACUUUCUUUACCAACAAAAUCAAUUAUUAUGUCUCCAAUCCGCUCACCAGACAAUGGAUUGCUCUCCCUCCAGCUGCCUUUGAGGGCUUUGCGCAGUAUGUCUCAAUUGGGUUUUUAUGUGUGGAGGAUACUGCUCAUCAUAACAAGUUCAUGGUGGUUAGGCUUUGUACGGGUCAUUUUAAUACUGCUUGUAAACCUUGUUCCCAGUUUAAAGCCCAAGUCUUUUCUUCAGAGAACUGGCUAUGGAGGACUUUGGUUGUUUCAUCCCCUCUAACCUUGAAGCACUAUAGAGGGAGAACUCUUCUUGUUGCCUAUAGAGGGAUGUUGCAUUGGCUAAACCGUGAUUGUAUCGUGGUGUAUGAUCCACUUAACACCCCGGAAAGGUUCUCUCGUGUCAUUGGUCUUCCAAAUCAAAUAUUUCCCCUCCCUAUUUACAGAAAUAAUUGCUUUGGAGUAAGCCAAGGUUGUCUUCGUGUAGCGGAAUUUUCAGAUGAAUGGACAAUAGAUCCCAUACUGGAUGUAUGGGAACUGGAGGACUAUGACUCUGGGCGGUGGAUUUUGGUUCACAAGGUUCACCUUAGAAAUCUGAUCCAUAAUGGGGUACUGGAAAGUUUGGAGAGUGAAUUGCGUUGUUUCAAUGUACUAAGUCUCCAUCCUGAAAAUGAGGAUGUUAUUUAUUUACAGUUAUUUAAUGGAGUAGUCCUUCUCAACAUGAAAAGCAGAAUAAUAGAGCGAUUCUACCCAAUAAAUGAGAGGGUGAUGUGUUGUUGGAGGGAUGCCUUUCACCUUGUUGACCAGCCGUGGCCAACGCCAGUAUCGUUAUUGCGUCACUAA